AAGGGCGGGCAUCCUCACCUAUCUCGCUCUCUAUGUAGCCUGAGCUUGGAGACCUGGGGGACACAGAGCAGGAGCUCGACAGGCUCGUGUAGAAGGGCGGACUGUACUGCCCUGGGGCCCGGGGCUGGGGAGAAAGCAAGGCCAAGGGAAGGCGGAAGACACCCAUCGCCAUCGCGCAGGGCAUCGGGGGCCACUGUGGGGCGCGGCGACCCUCAAGAACGCGCCGCAGGGCCAGCACCCCCACCACCCCGGCCGGAUGCGCGCCCUCGCGCGUGCGCCGGCAGCGGCCCAGGUCCAGGCGCCCGCCUGAUUGGCUGCGCGGCGCCUGGAAGCGGCGUUGCGCGUGCGCGCUUCCCCCGCGCGGGCCCGAGUGGUGUGUGGCUCUUCGGUCUUCGUUGUCCGCGCUGCAGCCCCAAUUCCCGGUGCGGGACGCUCGUGCCCGGAGCUCGGAAUGUUCCCGGAACUCAAUAACCUUCUCAACAUCACCCCUGACAGGGCGGAGCAGGGGAAACUGACUCUACUCUGUGACGCCAAGACAGAUGGCAGCUUCCUUGUGCACCACUUUCUCUCCUUCUACCUCAAAGCUAAUUGUAAAGUCUGCUUUGUGGCACUCAUCCAGUCCUUCAGUCACUACAAUAUCGUGGGACAGAAGUUGGGUGUCAGCCUGACUGCAGCCCGGGAAUGCGGGCAACUUGUGUUCCUCGAGGGUCUUAAGUCUUCGGUGGAUGUCUUCUUCCGGGCUCAGGCGGAGCCACACCCCCUGCAGUUCCUCAGGGAGGCCGAUGCUGGGAACCUGCAGCCCCUGUAUGAGUUUGUCCGAGAGACUCUGAAGCCCAUGGAUGAUGGACAGGCCGCAUGGAGGUGCCCAGUGCUGCUAGUGGAUGACCUCAGUGUGCUGCUGAGCCUGGGCCUGGGGGCAGUGGCUGUGUUGGACUUCAUCCACUACUGCAGAGUUGCCGUGUGCUGGGAACGAAAGGGAAACAUCGUGGCCCUGGCACACGACAGUGGAGACGGCGAGGACAAGGAGAAUGACAUCCUCCUGAAUGGCCUUAGUCACCAGAGCCACCUGAUCCUGCGGGCCGAGGGCCUGGCUACGGGCUUCUGCAGGGACGUGCAUGGACAGCUGAGGAUCCUCUGGCGGACACCAUCACAGCCCACAGCCCAGCGGGAUGGGAGCCUCACUUACCAGUACAAGAUACAGGACAAAAGUGUGUCCUUUUUUGCCAAAGGAAUGUCUCCUGCUGUUCUGUGACCUGAUUGAGGAGCACACAGAGCGACCUUGGACCGUUUUCAGAUGUGAAAGAUAAAGCGACGGGUCGGAAUGGAUCUGUGCACCUUUGAAGUGGCAUUGCAGCCUGGACCGACGGCCCCACUGCAGGGCGGGGCGGGGCCAUGGAAGGGGGCUGUGACAGCACGGCCUAGUUCCCUGGGCUGUUCAGAAAACAAGAGGGAAUAGCAACCUGGCCUUUGCGGAGAGAGACGCCACAUGUUGAAACCGGGUGAAAGUGGUGCCAGGAGCCUUUCAUUAAAUACGCUUUAGCCUCAACUGCCCAUUUGGCUGUUGUGCCUUUCAGAGCCAGAGUGGGUAUGAAUGUGCCAGCUAGGAGACAGCCCUGGGUGGCAGGCACCAGAGGGACACAGUGGAUAAUCAUGGCUGGUAUGAGGAGGGUCCCCAUAUCGUGGCUUCCUAGGGAUGGACUGUCUCAUUUAAUUUUCACCUGCGUCCUGCAGAAGUAUUUGCCCUUCAGUCCGGUAAGAAAACUGGCUUAAAGAGGUUUGGCAAGCGUGGUCAAGGCUGGAGAGCCGGCCGUAGAUAGUGGAGCCUGACUCUGAAGUCCACACUUGCUGACCGAGCCUCCCAGAACCCAGGGGCAGGCUCCCCACUUGGUUCACAGCUUCACUUCCUCCUGGUUCUGGGGUCCCUGGCACAUGAGGCUUCCUGGUUUGGUGAGAGGGGUAAGGAGUGUUCUUGCUGCCAGGUGGGAUGGGGCCUUGGCAAGUUGCUCCCUUACCUGUGAAGACCGAAGAGGUGAGCUUUUGCCCCAACAUCCUGUAGAUGCCACACUCAGCCCGUCAGUCAAGAUCGCCUCAGAGUAGACACCAGGGGCAUUCCCUUAAACUGGGUACAUUUUUGCUAUAUGCAAAUUAUACUGCAGUGAAUUUGAAAUGAAACAAUAACACUGCUCAGCAGGGACUAAGGAAAUUUCAUAUCUGUUGUUUAACUUUUCACAUUUUUUAGUUUUUGUAAAAGGGAACAAUUCAUCACUCCUCUCGUCAAGUCAUACUAUUAUGUUGGUUAUCCCACCGAUAACCAGUAAUAGUAGCUGCUUUUCUUCCCAAAAUAUCGCAGACCUGAUAGAAUAUUUGAAAAUUAUGUGUACAAGUAACUUGAGAAAGUGGUUAUUGAAGAAUCUAAUGAUUCUUUUAUGAAUACUCUUCAGUAUUUAUAUCAGCUUCAUCUGAGCUACAAUUCCGAAUGGGCUUGGCACCCCAGAACAUUUUUUACAUGAUACGAAUGGUGCUAUUCUGUUUCUUCACUUAAUUUAUAAGUGAAUUUACUAAAUUUUUUUAAUAAGAUUUUAUUUAUUUGAGUGAGAGAGAGAGAGAGAGAGAGAACACAAGCAGAGGGGAGGGGCAGAGGGAGAGGGAGAAGCAGACUCCCGUCUGAGCAGGGAGCCCGAUGCGGGACUCGAUCCCAGGACCUUGGGAUCAUGACCUGAGUUAAGGGCAGAUGCUUAACCAACAGAGCCACCCAGGCAUCCCUGAGUUCACUACAUUUUAACGUUUAAUGGUUACUGAGCAUUUUAUGGUGUCAUUAUUCUAAUUUGCUCAGCUUUUCUCUGAGCAUGUAGGUUCUGGGAUUUGUAAUUAUAAAUUACGUUAUGAAUAUUAUUUUAUUAUUUUUAAUCUCAUUAAAUUUUAUUUGGGGGACAUCUGAGUGCACAGUCGGGUACUUUAUCUCUCUCAAAUAAAUAAAUAAAAUCUUAAAAAAAAUUACGAAGAUUUUAUUUUUAAGCAAUCUCUACGCUCAACAUGGGGCUUGAACUCAAAACCCUGAGAUCAAGAGUCGCAUGCUCCACUGACUGAACCAGCCAGGUGCCCUGUGAAUUUUAUAUACUAUACUUAUUUGGAGGUGGGGGCAAAUACUUGUUUCUUUAGAACUUUCAUUCAGUCACUCAGCAAAUAUUGAAUACUUUAUAUAUGGCAGGCUGCUGUUAGGCACUGAGGGUAUGACCAUGACAAAGCAGGUCCCUGCCUGCAACAAAUUGAGAAGUAAUUUAUGUAGAGUUAGACUGUGUUAAGUGCUGUAAAUAAAGCAGGGAAGGGGCACCUGGCUGGCUCAAUCUGUAGAGCAUGUGACUUGAUCUGAGGGUUGUGAUUUCGAGCCCCACCUUGGGUGUAGAGAUUACUAAAAAAAAUAAACUU